UGUCGCUGUGGAUCUCCUGACUGCACAUGUAAACACCAGCUGUUUCACUCAGCUAGCUGCUCCGGCUACAUGCUGUCAAACAGGUUGCUUAGCCUGGUUAGCCAUGUACACACUUUUGGGGUAGAAUAUUGUCUGCACACUCGUAAGAAGGAGCCUGGCGACUUGUAUACGCUUAUAUGAAGAUGUGACUUCAACUAGAGAGAUGGACAAGGACUUUGACCACAAACACCAGAGGGGGUCGAGGAAACCGCCUGCAGAGCCCCACACAUCAGCAUCAGAGCAACCUCUGAUUCUACCAAACCCUUAUACCUCCGAUCAGAUUUCAAGAGGAAGCCAGUCAGGUCUGAGCCCAAAGCCAGCAGGAAGAGGAGGAGAUGCACCGAGGAGUCACGGCUACAGCAGCAGGCGCCCUGUUAGAGAGGCCAGUGAUAACUUACAGAGUGAUAGGACCAAACGGGAUCCCCAAGCAAAGACACCUCAAAACAAAAAGGACUCUCAAGGCAAAAUCAUGGGCAAGACCUCAGUGGACGUGCAGAAAAAAGGUUUUAAAGAUACAAGAUCUGCCCCAACCUCUGCAGGGAAGCCAAAACCAGCACAGACAAAUUCUGUCCCAUUUGAAGUGAAGAUGGCAGAUUUUCCAGAAUUGGGUGGUGUUUCAGUGGCCAAAGCAGCUCCUCCUGUUGCUCAGAAAGAGUGCUGGGGUCAAAGUCCUCCAUUCACAAGCUCCCAAACUCCAAAACUGGCAUCUUCUUGGAUGUCUGCCAGCAGAGGAACCCCUACCCUACCUGGUCCCUGGGAGUGUGCCACUGAUGCAAAGCCAGAAAUCCCAGUUAUCCAAGCAGUUCAACCGGUGGUGACGUCCUGGGCUAACAUUGCCUCUCAGCCUCCGAAGAAACUUGUUCCCAAUGACAUGACAAUCAGCUGUAACAGUAUGCAGAUUGAGAGCAUGGCUGCACAGGAGGAAGAGAUGGCUCCAGGGAAGAAAAAGCGAAAGAAAAAGAAGAAGGCGAAAAGUACCGGAGAAGGUGCAGGAGGUGGCUCGUCAGAGCCAGUGAUUUAUCAAGAGCCUCCAAAAUUUGAGGAUGAAGAGGAGUUCCCAGACUUGACUCUUGCUUUGUCAAAGACUGAAAGGUUAAUAACCAGCAGCAAUACAAAACUAUGCAAUGAGGAAAACCAAAGAGAAGGAAGUCAGCAUCAAUCUGCUGAUCAGAACCAGGGAAAAUCGCCCACAGCAAAGACACAACCCACUGAAACAGGAAAAAAAGGGCAGAAAAGCGAGAAAGGCUCUGGGAAAAAGAGCAAGGUUCCUAUGCAACUGGACAUCGGAAACAUGCUGGCCACCCUGGAAAAAAAGCAGCAGUCUCAGAAAACCAAGCAGGACGCUAAGCCAGUCAUUCUCACAGUUGGUGGAGGACUACCUGUCGUUCAGAAGCAAACAUCUGCCCAGAAGAAGCCUCUGUGGCAGCAGGAUAAAAUUGCACACAAUCCCCUGGAUUCAACUAGUCCUUUGGUGAAGAAAGGCAAGCAAAGAGAGGUGCCCAAAGCAAAGAAACCAACUCCUCUGAAGAAGGUCAUUUUGAAAGAGAGAGAGGAGAGGAAGCAGAGGCGUUUACUGGAGGAGAGAGGACUGCUGCCCGAAAGCGAGUAUAAACUUGCGAGUAACUGUACAGAAAAAGAGCAGUGUGACACAAACGCCACAGAUGAGGUUGGCUCUCCUGCAGAGGGACUUGAUGAAUUAAACGACAUGUGUCAGAUCGUGGAAGAAGCUGAAGAGACAGACAAAACUGAGACUAUACAGCAACAAAUCCCCUCACCUCAGUCAUACCCAGCACCUAAAAUCCACAGCAGAAAAUUCAGAGAUUAUUGCAGCCAGAUGCUGAGCAAAGAUGUGGAUGAGUGCGUGACGUUGCUGCUAAAGGAGCUGGUUCGGUUCCAGGACCGCCUGUACCAGAAGGACCCCAUGAAGGCCCGCAUGAAGAGGCGGAUUGUGAUGGGCCUUAGGGAGGUCCACAAGCACCUCAAACUCAGGAAGAUCAAGUGUGUCAUUAUCUCACCUAACUGUGAACGCAUCCAGGCCAAAGGUGGCCUGGAUGAGGCUCUCCACACAAUCAUCAAUACAUGUCGUGAGCAGGGUGUGCCGUUCAUAUUUGCACUCUCUAGAAAAGCUUUGGGACGCUGUGUCAACAAGGCCGUGCCUGUCAGCCUGGUCGGCAUCUUCAACUAUGAUGGUGCACAGGAUUAUUAUCAUAAGAUGAUUGAGUUGUCUUCUGAGGCCAGGGCAGCCUAUGAAGCAAUGGUGUCAAGCCUGGAGCAGAGAGACCAGGCAGAGGCAGAGCUUGAAACAAACACUGAAGAACCUGUCCCUGAUCCAGAUGUAAAAGAGCCAGAGGAACCACAAUACAUAAAAAUCUGGAAGAAAAUGUUGGAGAAGGAGUAUAACCACACAUUACUGGACUUUGAGGUGCAGCUGCAGUCCAUGCACCUGGACAAUGAAUGUACUGAAAACACUGAUGAUGAAGAGAGCUAACAGUUGUGAAGCCUUUUGUGCCUGAAAAAUGGAUCCCCUUGUUUCUCAAACUGGGGCUCACAGCUUUCCGGGACUUUGUCAGUAUCAUGUUAGCGCUUAUUCCAAUUAUUUGUGAUUUCUUGUCAGGUAAAUCACCAACUUAGUAGGGCUGAACUUGAAGAGAUCCCACAAUAUGAAUUAUCAGCAGCUUCAUGACCCUGUGUGGAGGAUGUUAAGGGGAUGUAUGAUGAUUUAACACUGCAUUUUUUUCCUUAAUAAUCAACUUCAGUUCAAAUGAUUUUGACAUUUUAGUGUCAUUUUACAUAAAGAAAUGAAAUUUUGACAUAGUGACAUUCCUUGACUCCAGUAAAAUUUGAAGGUUUUGAAUAAAGAGUUGUGUCAUCCUUUGUAAAUAUGUGGAGCAAGUUCAAGAUUGCAUAUUAAAAGAAUUAAUGGUUUAAAUUUACCAUGCUUUUGCCAUGACACUGAAGUUGCACAUUAAUUUAAAAAACAAUGAUAAACCAA